AUGGAUGGCCGAUGUGACCGAUCACCGCCAGCGCGAGCGCUCGCCAAUCGCAGCGCAUCGCAGCGCAUCGCCGUGCCUCUGCUCUACCCAGAUCCCGAAAUCGCGGGCCUGUCGAAUCGGAAUCUUUACUCUCCUGGUGCCCCGCAUUGGGGAGUUGUGGGCUCCGGCGUCCCACCAUCAGCGCAACCCAAUAUUUUGCUGCAAACACCGGCUGACUGCCGCAUGGACACGCGCCCCGAACUCGACCCCGUCCCCGGCACCCACCGUCAUGUCGCCGCCGGCACCCUUGUUAUGGCGGAGGUCGGUGUGCCUGGCGAGCAGCCCGACGCGCGCUCCUCAAUGGAUGCCUUGCGAUUCCUGCGUCCCGGCUGCUGGUGA